CACAAUGUCCUCGUGAGGUCAGCACAGACAUAACUUGCCCACGCCCUGAGUCCAGGCACAAGCCUGCUGAGGCCGGCCGUGGAGGAUCCUCCUAACCUCCCUCGAGGAAGCCCCUGAGGGGAAGGAGCAGGACACAGCUCGCCACCACCAGGAGCCACCCAGCCGCCACCCUGGAGGUCCACACGCCCAGCUGCCCUCCCCUCCCCCUCCAGGAAGAAAUGCAGAGCAACCGGGAGCUGCCACGACCACCGCCACCCCCUGAGCCUGCAGCCUCCACUGCUGCCGCUGUGGGCCAGCAGGCUAGCACCUCAGGUGUCGCCAGCAAGAGUGAGUGUGGAGGCAGCCCCUGUCCCAAAGAGCCCCCGAAGCCCAGCAUAUCCAAGGUGAUCCUGAGAACCAUGGCUGACAAGGGGACAUGCCACCUCGUGUCCCUGAACACCCUGAAAAAUGCAGUAGCCACCACUGGCUACAACAUGAUCCGCAACGCCUGGCGCUUCAAGCGUGCACUUAAGAAGCUGGUGGAACAGGGCAUGCUCCGGCAGGUGACUGGCAAGGGGGCCUUUGGCUCCUUCCGCCUGGGCAAGAAGGCCUCCAAACCCAAGCUCAAGGCCAAGAGAGGACGGCAGUCCCGGCGGAGGCCUGGGCAGCAUCGUCGGCCUGGGCAGCGCAAGGCUGGGCAGCAGCACCGGCCUAGACAGCACCGACCAAGACAGCGCCGAUCACUACUGGGCUCUAAACAGGGCCACAAGCGGCUCCCCAAGGGGGUUCGCAGGGUGGCCAGCCAGCGCCACCAUUAAGGUGGGAAGGGCCAGCUGGCAGGAGUGCCAGGUUCGCCACAGCCUCAAUGCUGUGGGAAUAAAAGGAGCCCAACUUAUUGCACACUUGCCUCCUGGAAUCUUUGGGGCUUGGGACGUGGGAGAGGAAGAGGGUUAGAGGUGCAGAGGAGGGUUAAGGCCAUGGCAUAGGAAGCACUUUGAGCCAAAGGAGGCGAGAGAUCUGGGUUGGGAGGAGCAAAAUUUGAGAGCUCCCAUAGCCCUCAGCUGGUCUUUCUUCUGAGACAAGGGUCCUGCUAAAUAGUUCAGGCUGUCC